AUGGCUACAACGAAGGAGGACGAAGAGGGAUCGCUUUUGGACACCAGUGGAAAUAGUCUUUCACAUAGAAAAUCAGAAGCAUUGCGUUCAGAUAAUUACAUCAAGCCUGAGCCAUUUGACGACUAUGAAAAUGAAAGCGAUUCUGCUCCUCCUUCACCACGUAUGAGGCAAAAGCGUCAAUGUGCGGAGCUAGCCAUCAAAAAAAUCAAACUGGAAAUGCAGCCUGCCGGCCAUUGGGAUCCUAAUAGAGAGAAGAAAAACGGUCCAGAUUCACGUGAAGGCUCUUGCGAUCGAAGUGAAUGUGCUCUGCAAAAGACAUGCUCUUUAAAUCUCAUUUCAAGCUGCUUGAAGACGAUGACAGAUGCAUGCGGAAAGAAUUUUUACCAUAUAACAAAAGGAGAGCAUGUUUGCGGACCUUAGACGUUCACCACUGGCGUAAAUCUAAUAGAUCAGUUACUUCCGUACUGGUUGGAAUGCACAAAAUGUCAUAAAUUCCGUAAAUAUACUUCUACUUCUUUGAAAGUGGUGACGGUUCCUGAAAUUGAGAGUUUUUGUUGUACAGAUUGUGAUGCACCGGAGGAUAGGCUUGUGGCAGACGCUCGUCAGUCGAACUGGAUAUUAUCGGCUGCAGUUGCCCCUCUUUUGCAUAAUUCGCUUUCAUUGUAUUACUUGAAGGAUCAUUACUACCUAGAUGAAGUUGGAGUGAGUCCAGCUGUUGCAAGCUAUCCCACAGAUAUCAGAUCAGUUACUUCCGUACUGGUUGGAAUGCACAAAAUGUCAUAA